ACCGACCAGGGACCCCCACGACUCUCAUCAUCCAGCCCUGCACUAACCCAGGGAUCCCUCCACAUCCACCCCUGUACCGACCCCAAACCACUAAGAUCCCCCAAACUGACCCAGGACCCUCACUCACCCCAACACUAACCCCAUGACUACUCAUUACCAUCCUCAGCACCUCUGCAUCCAUCUCCACACAGACACGGGACUCCCAGGACCCCCCACUCCAACACUGGAUGCCCUCCAUUCACCCCUCCUGACCUAGGACCCCCCAGCAGCCCCAGGCACAGGGCAGGAGCAUCACAUGUGUUAAAGAAUCACUGAAUAUUCCAGGCUAGAAGGGACCCCCAAAGAUCAAACUGCAACUCCUGGCCCUGCUUAGGACAGCCACAAACCAACCCUGUUCCUGAGACUAUUGCCCAAAUAUUCUAACAUAUAUUGUCUAUAUCAUCAAUGCAAGGUCUGUACACGUGGGUAUUCCUAACCAACAGCUCACAAAAAACAAGGCAGGACUUAAAGGAAGACAUGACCUUACUAAAGACCCACUUUAAAACAGGACAAACACAACCCAGCCCUUACAGAUCUCAGAGUUCCUCCAUCAGUCAGCCAUGGCCUCACUGCCCCUGUGCUUAAAAAGAGGCAAACAGAAGCCACUCCCUCUCCCAAACGAGCUUAAUUGGGAAAUCAGCCUGAUAAUUGAUUAGCAGAACUAUAAAACUGCUGUAAGUAAGGCUGGUAGAAAAGGGGCCUUUAGAGGAGCUAAAAGUUUAUCCUGACAGGGUCAUCCUGUCUGUCUGUAAGCUGUUGGAUUCUGCACCAUGCUGUCCACCCAGAGGCACAGUACCAGCAUUCUGACCAGAAAGGAAAUCCUAGAAAAUGGGUUCUUGGCCAGCUCCUCCAGCCACAGCCACUCUUCUCCUGUUCUGAGUUAUUACAUGGACUCUAGCAGUGCUUCAAAAGCUGACUUCUGUGAGCUCCCUGGGGACUUGGACAACACAGCAAAUGGCAGUUCUCCGUGUGUUGUCAAGCAGGCAGAGUCUCUGAGCAGCUGUGUGAAGGCUGAACUGCACAGCCUGACCCAGGGCAUCUCUGACCUCAGUCUUGUCUGCUUUUGCAAGGCCCACCAUGGACAGGCCACCUUUGAGCUGUCUGGUUUGCUCUGUGAGCACCCCAGCAGAGAUGGCUGCCUGAUAAAUGUGGUGUCACAGAACACCUCGACACCUUGCAAGAAAGACAAGCCCUCCAAACCGCUGGAGAGUCUGCUCUUCAAGAGCUCUGAGCUGGUUGGAGACAUCUCAGCCCUUGGGAACGUGCCAGCACCCAGGUGGGACAUCUCGGCAAUAAAGUCCUUUAUAGAUACCAGUGCACCCCUCGACGUGAGCACUGAGGAGUUCCGGUUACUGGGAUGCUCCAAACCAGACACAUCAUCCCUGGAGACCCCCGUGGUGAUUCCUCUGGCUUGGCCUGGUGCCUUCAACAAGCACCCCGUGCUGCUCCACAGGUCUGCCACCCUGGAGACCCAGCCGAGCGACCCUGACGCUGUCCCUGUGUUUCUGCAGCAGGCUCUGUGAUGCUGCUGCCCUGGCUCCAGCUGGAGCUGCUGGCUGCCUGUCCCCUGCUGCGAGGAGCGCCGAUCCACAUUGCAGCACAGAGGAUGGAGCCAGCGGCUUGAGUGGUGAUGGCAGCAGCUGGUGCCAAGCUAAAUCUGCCCGCCUGGGGUGACCGAGUCGGCAUUGGUGGCGGGGGAUGUUUGGGCAGGUGAUGGCAUCCCCGAGAGCCGCAGCCUUGCUGGCUCCUCCUCCCCGAUCUCUCUUUUGUAUUAAUUAGCACAAUAAAGACGUAAAUGUCUC